CAUGCUCAGCCCACUCCGGAAGUGAGGUGCUAGACUCCGCCUCGUCGUAGUGACGUAGAGACGCAGUGAGGGACGCGGCGGCGGAGCGGAGUUGGAGCGACUUUCCCCUUCUUUUCCUCUCCCGGGCGCCACUUUUCCUCGUCGCUCUCCGUGUUCGUGUCGGUGUCUCCGCGGAGGAGAAGAGGAGGCAGAGUCCGCAGGUGUUUCCAGUGCUCGAUCACCCACUCCUCUUCAGGUGGAUCAACCAAUCAGCGAGCUGCUCAGAGACCAGUCAUGGACCACACCCACCACCACCACACCACGGCGCCGGCCUCCACCCACGACCACAACCACGGAGGAGGCGGAGACGAGCACGCCGGCCACAGCAUGGCGAUGACCUUUAACCUGGACUACAUCGGGGUGGAGCUGCUGUUCUCCGGGCUGGUCAUCAACUCGGCUGGAGAGAUGGUGGCGGCCUGCAUCGGGGUCUUCCUAUUGGCCGCCCUGUACGAGGGCCUGAAGAUCGGCCGCGAGGUGCUGCUGCGCCGCAGCCAGGUCAACGUGCGCUACAACUCCAUGCCGCUGCCCGGCGCCGACGGGACGGUCCUCAUGGAGACUCACAAGACCGUGGGUCACCAUGGGAUCUCAGAAAAGUCCCGCCUCCCUGAAAUGUCUUCAAGGCAGCGGAUGCUAAGCCCCGCCCACUUCAUGCAGACCCUGCUGCACAUCGUCCAGGUGGUCGUCAGCUACUUCCUGAUGCUCGUGUUCAUGACGUACAACGGCUACCUGUGCAUUGCCGUGGCGGCCGGCGCCGGGAUGGGCUACUUCCUGUUCAGCUGGAGGAAGGCCGUGGUCGUCGACAUCACCGAGCACUGCCAUUAGCGUUAGCCGCUAGCAUCGCCUGCCAAGUACAAUCGAUCAACGCUAACUAAUCCCCCCACUCAACGUUAGCAUGCUAGUCUCAUGCUAAUGAAGUGAGUCCGUGGGAUCACACUAAGAUACCAUUACUCGGUCACCAUGGUAACGCCACAUCAUAUUGUAGGCUAGCUUCCACUGUAACAAAUCAAGUUAGCGAUUAAUCUUUGUAUAGCAGAAAAAAAGCACUUUUAGUUUGGAAACAUCACCAUAGUGUUUAGUUUGUUUUGUUUUAACAGCUGGUCGGCUGGCUGGCCAAUCAGAGCUGGAGUCGCUCAGGAGAGUCGCACCCUCCGAAUCAACCGUUUUAAUUUGUGCCAUGAGAACUGGAGUGUUAACUGAUGCUAGCUAAUCAAGGUUAGCCUCUCUUUUACUCAAUUGUAUUGGUAGCUGGCUCGUUAGCAGAGCUCGUUAGCAGAGCUCGUUAGCAGAGCAACCAAUCAGAGCGAAUUAUCCAGUCCGUCUAUUACAAAGUAAUUUAUUUGAUUCAGUUUAAAUUUCAAAAUGUAGUUUG